UCAAAACAAAAACAAAAAUUGUUGUCAAAAUUUGCAAAGUUGUUCAAGUUUGAUGAAAUUUUGUUUUGCUCAAUUUUAUUAUGUUUAAUGAAUUUGCUUUUGUUUCAUUCUGAUUUUCGAAAAAAUUUUCAUUGUUUAAGUUGGUUCAUCAUCAGUUGAGAUUAUUGUCAAAGAUAAAAACCAAAAAGAAUUUUAUAUCAAAGUCCAAAAAUGUCAAAAUUUAUACAUGAAUCCGAUAUGAUCGAAGUUAUUGAAGGAGAAGCAUCUCGUUCAAUAAAUUUAUUCGACAAUUAUCAUUGGAAUUCAAGAUCAACAAUCGAUUAUACUAGUUCGACAUUUCGAAACCGAAAUGACCAUGACCACAACAAUGAACAUGAUAAUCUUAAUUGCAAUGAUAAUAAUGAUGUUAUAAAUCGUCAUAAUCGUGAUGAAGAUCACUCAUUGAGAGAUGAAUCUGAUAAUCAUGGUAAUAAUAAUCGUUCACGUGAUUAUGGUAAUGAAUUUGAAGAAAAUGAACAUGGAUCAUCUCGUGGAAAUUCCAAUCAACGGUCUAUAGAAUUACUUCGUAGGGUACUAACAAAUCGUGAUUCAUCAUUUGGUAUGAUUGAUUCUAGAUUUGAUUUACCACCAAGAGCCAUUUUUUCCCGAAAUUCUAGAAAUCAAACUCGGGCCAUGGAUAAUAAUAUUGGUUUAUCUUCAUCUAUAGCUAGUAAAAAAGAUAGCCAAAAAUCCAGAUUUCAUUAUCAUUACGAUUCGAAAAAAGAUUUGAUUCGCGAUAUGCUAAGUAAUUUUCUCUGUCCAUUCAACGAAGAUGAUUAUUGCCGAUUUGAGCACCAUAAAUCUUAUCCUUGCGAAUUUUUCCAUCCAAAAUCUGGCGUUGAUAAAUCAUAUAAUCGUUUGCCACCAUUUGUUUGUGUAUUUAAUCUGAUUAAUCGUUGUAGAUCGCCGUCUAUAUCAUGUCAAGGUGGUGAAAUGCGCUGUAAAAAUGGUUUCCAUUUGGAUGUAUUGCGACUAUUAGAUUUGAAACAAUUCGAAUCCGAAAAUGAAGAAAAUUUACGUGAAUUUUAUGGCGGAUAUUCCCAACUUGAAUGCACUAUCUGUUCAGAUAAAAUUUGUAAUAAAUUUUUACAUAAAUAUCGUUGUUGGGCAUUACUUGAAAGUUGUUCACAUUUUACCUGUUUGCCAUGUAUGCGAAAAUGGCGUAAAGUAUCUCAUUCCUGUCCAUUAUGUCGUAUCGUAUCGAAUCGUUAUUUAUGGUCAUAUUAUUCCCAGAUUCCAGAUGAAAAUCGAAAAAAGUGUUUAUUUGAUAGACGAGAUUAUCAUGUAAUAGAAGAUGAACCUCCAGCUCCAAUAGCAUCUGAACCAUUGGAUGAUAUUGAAGUUAUCUAUCGUUAUGAAGAUGAUGGAACUAUUCUUUAUCUUGAAGACCCCUAUGAUGAUUACUAUUUUUGAAUCAUAUUUAUUGCUUCAUUUUUUUUUGUUGAAAAAUUUCCACUUCAAUUUGAAAAAAUUGAUAAUUUUCAAAAAUUGGAAUUACAAUUCACCAAAUGUAUUAAUAUUCCACAUCAACAUUUGAACAAAAUUUAGG